CGCGCAGUGCCGCGCCCGAGUGGCCUGCGCUAGGCGCGAUCGCCGAAGGCCGGAGAUGGAUCCGAGCCACGAUCGGGCGAAACCGAGCGCGCGCGAGGGUGGCGAGUGUAGGCGAGUCGCGCCCGAACACUGUGACAUCUUGUAAGUGCGCUGGCUAUGGAUAAGGAAAGCAAUGAAGCCGUCAAGAGUAAAGCCAGUAAAGAGACUUUUAUCUUCGGCAGCUGGAAGUGCAGGAAUAAAAAGAAGCGCGUGACCUGCAACGAGAUCAGCCGCAAUGGAUCCGACAGGGACAGAUCGUCGCCGUACGCGAAGAGAGAGCCGACGCCGCAGCCCGACGUGCCGACCUGCCUGCCCAGGUCGAGCGGCUACAGCGGGUGCGCCGACGGAACGUCGUCGAUGGACGAGCAGCAGCAGCAGCAGCAGCAGCAGCAGCAGCAGCAGCAGCGGCGGCGGCGGCGGCGGCGGCGGCGGCCGAGCGGUCGUCGGGCUAUUUCCGUGUACGAUGAGCUGCACGAGCAGGACUUUUGGUGCCCGAGGUGCAGCGGAAAGAUGGAGGAGCCCCGACUUCUCGCCUGCCUGCACUCCGUCUGCAACGGCUGCGUGAACGAGUUCAUGAGCAAGGACUACCGGGGUCUGUCCCGGCUGGUGCGAGGCCAGCCCGACGGUCUCCGAGUGCAACGCCAGCAGGAAGGCUGCCCGAUAUGCGACUUCCCUCUGCCGAAGCACGGCUCGCCUGCUCCGCCGCCGCACUACUCGCUUCAGCACAGGCUCGUCAUCGACGCCGUCCGCAGGCGACUCUCGCAGCGGGCCAUAUGCUGCGACUCCUGCGCCGACGAAGUCCAGGCGACCCAGCACUGCCCGGCGUGCCUGUGCAACUUCUGCCGAGACUGCGGCGCGGAGCACGAAGCCCGGUAUUCGCAGUCGCAUCGCGUCCGUCCGCUGUGGGAGGCGGAGCGCAUCCGCCGCGUGGCCGUGUGCCUGGAGCACCCGACGCGCCAGCUGAGGUAUCACUGCCUGGCCUGCCAGCAGGUCACCUGUCGAGAGUGCAUGUGGCGGCAGCAGGGCCACCGCGGCCACGCGAGCGAGGAGGCGGCCAGCGCCGGCGCGCAAGCUCGGCUCCAGCUGGCGACCACGCUGAAACGGGCGAGGAGUCUGCUCGACCGCCUGCUGACCGAGUGCGAGGAGAGCGCUCACCGGCAGGCCGACGGCAGGACCCGGACCGCCUGCGACGUGGCCGGAGACAGCGACCUGGCGCCGCGAGCCUGCACCCAGCGGCGAAGUCGCUCCACGCUGUCGUCGCACUCGCGCGAGGCUCGCGAGCGGAUGCGCGAGUUCUCGCGGCUGCGGCGCGCCAGGCACCUCAUCGACGCCGUGUUCAUCGGCGAGGACCUGCUGGCGAACGGCUCCGGUGUCGAGAUACUGAGCCUCAAGCCCGUCAUCGUCAAGCGGCUCGAGUUCCUCGGCGUUCCCGUCGACUCGUCGGGUCGACUCGACAACAACGCCGCCGCAGCGCGGCACAGCGGCAUCUACCAUUGCUGCACAUUCUGCUCGAGCGGCGGCAAGAAGGAAGCUACCUGCGCUUGCAGUGGCACGAUGCCAGGUACGGUGCACGCGCUCGCUUCCGGUGGAUACAAAGGCUGUGGACACGGACAUCCAGGACAUCCAGGCGUUCAUCACUGGUCAUGCUGCGCAUCAAUUUAUCGCGACGGUAUUUGCUUGCUACCGCGAAAGUGUACCUUCAAAAUAACUCUCUAACAAUGUCAUACACAUUCAGAGCUUCUAUUUUUUAUAGCUUCAAUCGAAAGACUGCGAGAACAAAAACACUUUACUAUGGACGAUGUAAGCGCGGAUGAAUGCAAUAAGACGUACGCGAUAUCACAUGUAACAUAACUUUUAAGGGUUGUUGAUGUUUAAACCAAUCGUUAGGUCCAAAUUUUAUUAGUUUGUUAUCGUGUGAAGAAACUUCAUAAUUUAUUAUCGAUUCGCUACAAGUGUAAAAUCUUACUUAAGUUAAUAAAACAUUGU